CAGCUCACUCCGCCUUCUCCUCCUCGGCUCCGAAUUCUCUGCCAGGAGGGUCAAGUAGGGAUAUGUCCUCAGCACCAACCACUCCUCCGUCAGUGGAUAAAGUAGACGGAUUUUCUCGGAAGUCCGUCAGAAAAGCCAGACAGAAGAGGUCACAAAGUUCCUCCCAGUUUAGGUCUCAGGGCAAGCCUAUUGAAUUAACUCCUCUGCCGCUUCUAAAAGACGUUCCAUCUUCAGAGCAGCCUGAACUGUUCCUAAAGAAACUUCAGCAGUGCUGUGUAAUUUUUGACUUCAUGGACACACUAUCAGACCUUAAAAUGAAAGAAUACAAGCGCUCCACUCUUAAUGAACUGGUGGACUACAUUACAAUAAGCAGAGGCUGUUUGACAGAGCAGACUUACCCCGAAGUAGUUAGAAUGGUAUCUUGCAAUAUAUUUAGAACUCUCCCACCCAGUGACAGCAAUGAAUUUGAUCCAGAAGAAGAUGAACCCACCCUUGAGGCAUCAUGGCCACAUUUACAGCUUGUUUAUGAGUUUUUCAUACGAUUUUUGGAAAGCCAAGAAUUCCAACCUAGCAUUGCCAAAAAGUACAUAGAUCAGAAAUUUGUAUUACAGCUUUUGGAGCUGUUUGACAGUGAAGACCCUCGAGAACGAGACUACCUAAAAACAGUCUUACACAGAAUUUAUGGCAAGUUUCUUGGUCUUAGAGCAUUUAUCCGAAAACAGAUUAACAAUAUUUUUCUACGGUUUGUUUAUGAAACUGAACACUUCAAUGGUGUAGCUGAACUGCUGGAAAUAUUAGGAAGUAUUAUCAAUGGUUUUGCUUUACCUCUUAAAGCAGAGCAUAAACAGUUUCUGGUGAAGGUGCUGAUUCCUUUACAUACUGUCAGGAGUUUAUCACUCUUCCAUGCACAGCUGGCAUAUUGUAUAGUACAGUUUCUGGAGAAAGAUCCUUCACUCACAGAGCCAGUCAUUAGAGGUUUAAUGAAAUUCUGGCCGAAAACCUGCAGUCAGAAAGAGGUCAUGUUCCUUGGGGAGCUGGAGGAGAUCUUGGAUGUGAUUGAACCUUCACAAUUUGUCAAAAUUCAGGAACCUUUAUUUAAACAAAUUGCCAAGUGUGUCUCUAGUCCUCACUUUCAGGUGGCAGAAAGGGCGCUGUAUUAUUGGAAUAAUGAAUACAUCAUGAGUUUGAUAGAAGAGAACUCCAACGUUAUACUUCCCAUCAUGUUUUCCAGUCUUUAUAGGAUUUCCAAAGAACACUGGAAUCCGGCUAUUGUGGCUUUAGUCUACAAUGUGUUGAAGGCGUUUAUGGAAAUGAACAGCACCAUGUUUGACGAGCUGACAGCCACUUACAAGUCAGAUCGUCAGCGCUUAUCCAAAGCGGCAGGUGAAAAAAAUGAGGAAACUUCGGGAACUCCGGGCAGUUUGCGACUUCGUUUAAGUCGUGCCUUUUGUGUGACUCGGGGUUCCCACAAGCAAAGCGAAGGGUACUGUAUGUCAUCAAACCUUGUUAGUGAGAAGAAGAAAGAGAAGGAACGUGAAGAACUGUGGAAAAAACUGGAGGAUUUGGAGUUAAAGAGAGGUCUUAGACGUGAUGGAAUAAUUCCAACUUAAC